GCACUUUCGGCUUAUCCUGUUCUGAGUCGCGCGCAGUAACAUCGGCAUUCGCCAUUACACUAGGGAGUUAGAUACCUCGGUGAUACCUAGGUAAGAGACCUAGAAAUCUCGUCAUCCUGUUCCUCGGUGGUUCUGAAUCCGCUCCAAGUAGCUGUGGUGGCGGGAAGAAAAAACUAUUUAGUGAUUUUGCGUCGCAAUUUUGGGUAUCUUUCUGACCCACGCGACUUGGAGGAAUACAAUAUCCACGGGCUCGAAUGGAGGGCACGCCGCAGACGUCGCAGUCUAUCACGCUUGUUGCGGAACAUGGCGUGAUAUGCAGGAAUUUGCUGACCACGUCGACCCCGCGGCUCACGCCGACGGGGAAGAUCAGCCACGCGAAAACCCGGGUCUACACGCAGCGCUACAGGAAGGAGUGGGAGCAAAUGUCCGAUUUCAAAGGAUGGUUGACUUCAGUACCUUGUCAACCGACUCGUGCUUAUUGUCUGUACUGUAAGAAGAAUCUACAUGCACACCGUUUGUCGUUGCUGAAACAUACAUGUACAAUGAAACAUCAGCGCUCGGCUUUGUCGUAUCAAUUGGACGAGAAACGCACACGGAAGUCGGAGUCCGAUGCACCCGAGGUCGCGCUUAUGGAAGAAGUUGAGACUAUGGAUGAUUCUCAAACUGGAUUAGAUGAGGACAAUGAUGAUGAUAUCGAGUAUGUCGUUGAAAGAUUAGAAACGGACGAGGACGAUACAAUAGAAUUCAAAGAUAUAAAGGAAAAAUUUGAGGAACAAGAAGAAAAAGAGAUAAUAGUAGGUGAUAACAACCAAUCCAAUGAGGAUCCUACAUCUGUAAUAAAGAAGAUUAAAUUAUUGCCCGAGCAAAAAUGUCGAGAGAAAGAUCCUUUAGCACAGGCAAUGGCACACGUUCACAGCGAGUAUCUCGAGGAGGAAAUCGGGGACCAGGAAAACGUGCAGAUGGAGAUGGUAGUAGAAUCAACUAAUGAUAUAUCUGGUUUAUCUGAACCAGUGGAUAACUCCGUCGAGAAAAUAUCAAAAUCACAUGAAAAUGAGAAAACGGUAAUCAAAACCACCAAAAAUGGGCAAGUCCUUCAGCAGGAAGACAAUAAGAAUCUGGUCGUGACCUCAUCAUUACUAAACACGGCUUAUCAGACAAACAUCUCAACGAGUACCGCACCCACUCAAAAUACUAUUAAUUUUGUGCCGAUCGCACCAAAUAUAAAGACUCAAAAGACUAUCACUCUGAUGUGUGGUAACAAAACCUUCACAUUAACUGGUGGUACAUUUCAACCGGGUACGCAGUACGUGUUGACCAAGCUUAAAGGCAAGCCAACAGCAUUGAUGCUGACUGAUCAGAAAAAGGCCAUCGCGGUGAACGAGCCAAACAACAAAUGCAAAAUGGAAUCUAUUGAAACCGUCAAUCAAUCACCAGCUAUUCCUAGCACCAGCCAGCAACCAACUGCUGCAGCAACUGUCAAUCAGCAAUCUACUAGUACUAAAGUAUCGUCUAAAAAAAAUACUUGGACAAAACAGCAAGUGAAACAGACUGUAUCAAGAAAAUUACGUAUUUCUACGUACGUUGUGGAUACUGUCAAGGGAGUUCCAAUUGGUGGAUUACAAGUUAGCUUAUAUAAAUUAAUGGAUGGUAAAUGGACUUUCUUGAAUGAGAAUAAUACAAAUGCGGAGGGUUAUUGUAAUGAUCUAGUGGAGAAAGUGAACGGUACAAUUGGCCGUUAUAAGAUUCAUUUUGACGUCGAUAAGUAUUUCACAUUGAAAAGAAUAGAUACCAUGUUUCCUUUCGUCGAGAUUGUAUUUGACGUGAAGAAUCCGAAUGUUCACUAUCAUAUACCUCUUUUAUUGAGUCCCUUUGGCUACACAACCUAUCGUGGACAUAACACAUAAAAAGAAUGUGCUGUUGAAUAAAUUUCUUUUUUAUAGAAACAGUUACGGAGGAAAUAAUUUUCACGAAGCUAAUUAUUUUUAUAUUAUAAAUAUAUAUAUAUAUUCUCAAUUAUACACGGUUGUUCAAAAUUAAUGGGCAACCUAAUAUGUUUUCUGUAUCUUAAUAUCUUUAUAAAAAUAAAUAAAUCGAAGUAAAUAGAAAUAUUAAAUAUUUAUCAAUAUUUAAUAUUUUGUUAUUUCUUAUUUUAUAACUUCUAAAAUAUUAUUUCGGUAAAUUUUUUACCAAUUUUUCAAUAAGAUAUUGUAAAAAUAAAAAUCACAAAUGACACAAAGGGGGCCAAUGAAAGUAACGGCGCGAUUGAAAAGGCGCUAAUUUCAAAAAUAGUAUUGUAAAAAUAAUAUUAAUUUAUUGUCGAAACGUCGAACGUUUCAAUUCUUUUUGGAAUCUUCUUCAGCGAUAUAAAAAUUACAUACAUCCCACAAUUUUCUUCAUCCUCAGUCCAACUAGGUAUAUACAGAUAUUUUAUCCUAUUCUUAGUCAGAGUUUUUCUUUCAAAUUACAUUAUCGAGAUCUUUUUUAACAAGACUCACAAAUAUUCAAUUAGAUUGAAGUUUAGUCUAAAAAAUUAAUCAAAAAAAUUAUCUUGCUCAAACAACAGUUUACCUGCUUUCACAUUAUCUUAUUAGAAAAAUUUAUUUUGAUAUUGAUUUUCAAAAAUUUUUCUAAUAUCACUGUUGCUACUUAUCAUAUUUCUUGAGUCUUGAUAUUUAGCGAUUAGCACAAAAUUAAUCACAUUUUGAUUUGACGUUUGUCGAAUUCAUAUUCAGAGCCAUUUUGUACAAAUACACUACAGAAUUUUGUAUGAAACAAAUAUUCAUAUACGUUGACAGCUCUAGACGGCAUAUUGAAUUAAAAGUAGAUAAAACAAAUUUGAACUUCUUAAUUAUUUUUUUAUUUUUGGCAUAAAAUUGAUCAAUUUGUGUUACAUUCAUGUCUAUACAUUAAUUGUAGAAAAGGAAUUUUUAAAUCUGUAAAGGCAAUUAGACAAAUCGUAUUCAGUUAAAGUGACUUUUAGAUUUCCUGAAGAAGAUCUUAAAAUUAUGAAGUUACUGAUAUUACAGAUUUGUUCUUUGAAUUGGUUUUACAGCGACUAAAAUUGAAAACCCCUUUACACAUUUAAAGUAUAUACAAAAAUAAAUACCAAAAGACUGGACCUUAAUAAAAAUAAUAAUCGGCAUAUAGUUUUUAAUUUUUUGAUCAUAAAGUACAGUCUUCUGGUAUUUAUUCUUGUAUGUAUUUUAAACAUAAAAGAGUUUUUAAUUCUGUAAAGUUAAUUCUAAGGAAAUUUGAAUCUCUAAUGUUAGUGAUUUCGUUACGCCAGUAUUCUCUUAAUUUUAAAGUGUUUAUAUUUUGUUAUCUUAAGAAAAGUAAAGGUAAAUUGAUAAUUUGCCACUUGCGAGGACUUCCAGUCUUAGCUUUGAUUAUUGAUAUAAACGUAACAUGGAAUUUAUUAUACUGAGGAUGCCUAAUAAUUUUGAACAUUACUAUACGAUUAUAAUAUACAUAAAACGAUAAUAAGAAUAUUUCCAGAGAAUACGCAUGUUUGAAAGACGUAUGUUGGACGUCUUGAAAGAGAUGUCUUAGACAUGUGAACAGGCUCUUCAUCGGGAAAUUUUUUUUAAUGUCUUUUUAGACGACUUAAAGGUGUUUAAUGUCAGAAAUCAAAAAGUAAAAGUUUUUUAUAUGUCUUAAUCAUAUCAGAAAGUGGAACAGAAAACGUCUUUCUGUUGAUUAUAAGACCUCUAAAGACAUCUAAAAUUUUUAUAACGUCUAAAAAUUGUCUUUUAGAUGUCAGCAUGUUCUCUGGGAUUAUUAAUGUUUUUACAGACAACAUGUGUUUAUAUAAAUAAGUUAGUUGUUAAGAAUUGUUAUGUGCAUACAAGAAAAGAAAAAGGAAUGGCUUUGUGCAUAGUUAACCCUUUAUUGCUUUUGUUUGACAAACGAACGUUAGUGUUGUGAUACUACGAUUGAAGCGAAAUCCAAAGGCUAAUUAAGAAGAAUGUGCUUUCAUAUGAGUACCGCACCGCGCCUAUGUGUGUGUUACUAUACUUAAUGCAACGUUGCUACGUAGUGGCACUAUAUUCUUAGAUAACAGAAAUGAUUGCUGAGAGAAAAAAAGAAGUUAAUUAAAAAAAUAAAAAUAAUAAACAAUCUUGUAAAAGCAAAAGAAUCAAAUAUUCAGUUCAUCGCUCUGUCACAGUAAAUUGAGAUUAUGCUACGACGCGAAUCGAAUGUAUACUUGCUUUUUGAUUAUGUGGCUUCAGGCUUUCCAAAUCAGCCAGAACUUUUUCAGCAAACGGAAGUGGAUUUAAAAUAUUAAAUAUAGAUAGAAAUGGAUUUAAAGUCAAGGAUCAAGAAUUUGAAUUCGGCAAUGAUCACACGAAUCCAUUUCUAUCCAAUUAAAAUGCAAGAAUUCUUUGAAACCAUUUUAAUCCAUGAAGUGAAAUUAAAAUUAUGGGAUUUAUAUUUUUUUCCAUCCAAAAAGUUAUGCGAACCUUAUAAUCCAUUUUAAUCCAUGAAACGGGAUUGAAAUAAAGUGAUUUUUAUUUUUUUAAUCUAAAAAGAGUUUUCGCAAGUCAUCCAAUCCAUUUUAGUUUAUGGGAUAAGAUUGAAAUGACUUAAUUGUUAUAUUUUAAUUCAAAAUGUAUUCAAAUUAAUUAAAAUGGAUUACAAAUUUUCAAUCCAUUUCUGUUUACUGGAUUGUUAGUAUUAUUUUUUACCCUGUUUUUGUGAAGUAUACAAAGAUUGCAAUAAUAAUUAAAACCUUUGAUAGAACCGAUUGAUUAUGUCAGCAACCCUCACAAAUUUAUUUAUUAGAUACUUGAAUAUUUAUGAAACAUAUGAAAUAAUUAUUAUAGUUGUUGUCAUUACGAUUAUUCGUUUCAAUAUAAUUAUUAUAUGAGUAAUUAUCUAUUACAUUGUAAAUUUAUGAAAUUUUAUUACAAUCAAAAAGUAAUUAAAGUUAAUAAUAAAUUAAAAUGUAAUUUGUAAAGGUAUUGAUAUUUUUUUAUACAGAUAUUCUAAAUUAUUACAAUAAUUAUUAAGAAGUUUUUAAAUUUAACUCUCAGCUGACACUCUGCGUGUUGUACAUCCGGGUUAUUUAUAAAAAUGCUUGGCAUUCAUAAAUUGUUUGCUCGUUCUCUUCUAAAUAUUUCGAAUAUAUUCAACUUCUCGAUUUCCGCACCUAUUUAGUCUUUUUUUUACUUUUUAGCGUAUUGAUUAAAAAAAAAUUGUUCAAAUUCUCUGCAUUAAAUAUCAAGAUAUACGCAAUUGAAAAUGGUCGGGUAACACACUCAUGUGUGGCAAAAUAUCGAAUCUAAUAUAGUGUGUCAGCUGAGAAUUAAUUUACAAAAAAGUUUCACCAAUAAGUUAUAAAGUUUACCAAAAUAAUUCAAAAAUUAUUGCAUACGUAACAAGACGUAACUUGAACACGCAAUUUACUACGUACGAAUUUAAUGUCUUGUCAAUUGCGUUACCGCUGCUAUUGUUGAGUAGUGACGGUCGAAUAUAUCAAGCGUCCCGCCCGUCUAUCGGCCAAUUAGAUUCAUUUAAAAAAAUCGAUUUCUUCGAAACUAUGGACCAGUGACUGAAAUUGCCGGUGAGUUUUUUUUUUCUCCCAAGAACAGCCUAUAAAAAGCACAGCGCAAUUAAAAAGUGCUUUCCAGCUAUAACGCAAGUCAACACAUUCGCAAAUGCUAUGUAGCUAGUUUUGUGUCGCUCAUAAAUACUAGAUUUUUAUAUUUGAUAUCCCUGGAGCGGAUGCCGUUUUUCCUAGCGCGAUUUUGAAAAUAAUGUCAAAUGAUCGAUAUUUAUCCAUGGGAGUCUAGCUUCGACAGAAGCAGUGUUCCAACUACAAGUCAACACUGUGUAACACAGUGGAUUCGCUGGUUGAUCGCGUACGCAUAAAAGCGUGGUUGGGAUUGCUGACACAAUCCAUCUUAAGUUUUGAUUCCCUACUAAGAUUUUGUAUUCCCCAUAUAUCCCGAGAAUUUAUUGCAAAACGUAUCGGUAUUGUGGUCUUUACAGUCCCCGAACAUUUACAAGGGGGGCUAGUAUCACUAAUAGAAGAAGAAAAAGAAGUAUAACACAGUGUAUGAUGCAAUGUGUUCCGUUUUACUGGAAAGCACCUAAAAUUUCCAAGCCUGGUAUUCCCUUGUCAGAUGUACUAACACAUAUUAACACAUUCAAAGCCUUUAACAAAAAUUGUACUAAACAAAAUUGAAAAAAUAACCAUAUAAAUAUAAUUUAAACGGUUGUAAGUGAAAAGUCAGAAAAAGUUUUAGAGUCAAUUUUUAUGUCGCAUCUAUGCAAUUAAAAAAAUCACAAUUGUGAACUGAAAGUUCUCCUCAUAUGAGAGCAAUAGAGGGUUAAGAAUUAGUUUUAUCAUAAAUUAGAUUUUAAUAAUAAUGAUCAUAUGAAAUUUCUGAAUGAAUUGAUGGACGCGAAUAGCUUUGAUAAUUAUCAAUAUUACUCUUAUAGAGUUAUGAUAAUAUUUAAGUAGUUUAUUGUGCUUUUUUUCACAGUUACAAAUUUUUUUUCCUAAUAUAUUGUGUAUACAUUGUUUUUGCGUGUUGACUCGAAUUAUAUAUAUAAAACUUCGUACAUGUAUUUUUUUAAUGUUAUAAAACUUUAAUAAAUGUGAACCAAUAACUACUAA